AUGGGUCAACAGAACCUAACGGUGCUGACAGAAUUCAUUCUAAUUGGACUUACAAGGCACCCUGACCUGCAGAUUCCCCUUCUUGGGGUCUUUCUACUCAUCUACUUGAUCACAGUGAUGGGAAACCUAGGUCUGAUCAUCUUGACCAAGAUGGACCCCCACUUACACACCCCCAUGUACUUUUUCAUCAGGCACCUGGCCUUCAUUGAUCUUGGUAAUUCUACCGUCAUUUGUCCCAAGAUGCUGGUAAAUUUUAUUGUAGAUCAAAAUGUCAUUUCUUAUUAUGAAUGUGCCACACAGUUGGCUUUCUUUCUUUUUUUCAUUAUCAGUGAAUUUUUCAUCUUGUCGGCCAUGGCUUAUGAUCGCUAUGUGGCUAUCUGUAACCCUCUGCUCUACAAUAUUAUCAUGUCCCCAAAACUUUGCAAUUUACUCGUGGGCAUUCCAUAUCUGUACAGUACCUUCCAGUCUCUGAUGUUCACCAGUAAGAUUUUUACAUUGACCUUCUGUGGCUCUAACGUCAUCAGUCAUUUCUACUGUGAUGAUGUUCCCUUGCUACCUAUGCUCUGCUCAAAUGCACAAGAGAUACAAUUGUUAAUCAUAAUGUUUUCAGCAUUUAAUUUAUUAUCCUCCCUGCUAGUAGUCCUGGUGUCCUACUUGCUGAUUCUGAUAGCUGUAUUUCGAAUGAAUUCUGCUGAAGGCAGGAAGAAAGCUUUCUCUACUUGUGGCUCUCAUCUGACAGUGGUGAUUGUGUUCUAUGGGUCUCUACUAUUCAUGUAUUUGCAGCCCAAAUCUACUCAUUCAUUUGAAACUGAUAAAAUGGCUUCUGUGUUUUACACUUUAGUCAUUCCCAUGCUUAACCCCUUGAUCUACAGCUUAAGGAAUAAAGAGGUAAAAAAUGCCUUCCACAGAGUCUUUAAGAAUCCAUGUAGUUCUUGUAUUUAA